AUGCCGCAUCAGCUCCAGUCCACCGGUCAGAUUAGCUGUCAAGGCUGCUACGUCACCCUCGCCUACCCCAUCGGCGCCCCUUCCGUCCGAUGCCCGAUGUGCUCCACCGUUACCACCGUCCAUCAGUUCAGCGUCACCUGCGUUUGCUGCCGCUGCGUGUUGAUCCUUCCGCAGAACACGAGCCUCGCGAUGUGCCCGCGAUGUCGGACAGUGAUGUCAAUCCCCGCGAGCAUCCGCGAGGGCGGCGACGACCCCCGCGCCCCCCCCCGUCAGUGUGUGUACAUCGACAAGCCCCCUACAAUUGAUGCGUCCGGCCGGAAGGUCACCCAUCUCGCCGUCGGCACCAAACUCGACGACGAUGUCCCCAAGGAAGCGAAAAAAUAA